AUGGAUCUUUACCGUCUUGCUUCACUCGGCAAUGCCAACUUCACUCCACAGCUGCUGCCACCUAAGACUCCCAUCUCAUCAUUCGUGAAAUCCGCAAGUGUUCCUGCUACUUUCGUAUGCAUGGCCACCACCCAAAUCUCAACUCCUUCCAAUAAUAUUGUUCGGCGAUCAGCAAAUUACCAACCUCCCAUUUGGCACUAUGAUUACAUUCAGUCACUGACGAGUGUAUAUGCGGGGGAGUCAUUCACCGGACGGAUUGAUAAGCUCAAAAGAGAAGUGAGGAUGAUGUUUCACAAAGUCGUGGAUCCUUUAGAGAAACUUGAGCUGAUUGAUAUCUUGCAAAGACUUGGAAUAUCUUACCAAUUUGAUGAUGAAAUACAUAGGACCUUGGAAGGUAUAUACAAUGUUAAUCAUGGUGGUGAAAUAUUAAUGUGCAACAAGGAGAAUAUAUACGCCACCGCUCUUGAAUUUAGAUUGUUAAGACAACAUGGAUACAGUGUGCCUCAAGAGAUUUUUAAUAGUUUCAAGAAUGAGAUAGGGAGCUUCAAGGUGUGCCUAUGUGAUGAUAUCGAGGGAAUGAUAUGCUUGUAUGAAGCCUCAAUCCAUUCGGUAGAAGGCGAAAGUAUAUUGGAAGAAGCAAGAGAUUUCGCUGCCAAGCAACUCUCGGAGUACGUCAAGCAAAGCAAAGAUCAAAAUCUUCUUGCUAUAGUGAACCAUGCCCUGGAGCUUCCUCUCCAUUGGAGGAUGCUAAGGUUAGAAGCGUUGUGGUUCAUUGACGUAUACAGAAGCAGACAAGACAUGAACCCUAUCUUGCUUGAGCUCGCAGAAUUGGAUUUCAACAUUGUCCAAGCAGCCCACCUAGAAGAUCUAAAAGAAGUGUCAAGGUAA